CUUAAAAUGACAAAACCAGAGGAACUGUUUAUUAGAAUUAAUCUUAAUGAAAUGCAGAAACAAAAAAAGAAAAUGUCAGAUGUUCUUCAAAUAACUUCACAUUCAUUUCACUGGAAGGAAUCUUGUACAGAGAAAGAAUUAGUGGGCACCUUUCUACAAAGGAUGCUAAUGAUGGACUACAGAGCAAGAUACAUUACCACUGAAGAAGACUCCAACAAUUCAGAACACACUGACUUCAACACAGGAGAUGGAGAUGAUGAUGAUGAUGAUGAUGGUUUUGCUGAUUUCUUAUCGAAGAAGACAGCAGGUUUUGAUAGUGAAAGCCAUAAAUCUCCUGUUCACCCCAUGGAUGUUCAGAUGGCAGUGUUUCACUGCUCAGAUCAUUUCCUAAAGCAGCUAAUAGUGAAUAAACUGGCUCAUUGUCAGUAUGCUCUGCCUCUGCUGGUGCCCAAUCCCUUCACCAGCAAGAUCGAGUUUCCUCUCUGGACCUUUCGCCAAAUCAGAAAGAGCUGGAAGAUCAAUAACUCCUCUGGUAAGCUGAUCAGUAAAACCCAGGCUAUGUAUGAAGCAGGAACUCCAAUGGUGGCUUUCUUCAGGUUCGGCUCUGCAUCUUCAUCCAAAUCUCAGCUGAUGAACAGCUUGAUCAAUGAGAAGCAUCACACAUUCUUCCACAGACACUGUCCAGGCAGCAGCAAGAACCGGUUACUGCUGGAUGGAGUGGUGGAGAUUGCUUGGUACUGCCCAUCUGGGAAGGAAACUGAUUAUUUCCCUGACUGUGUUGCAUUCUGUAAUCUCCAUGGUGAUGCGGUCACUCAUAAAGAACAACUGGAUAUCCUGACUAAAAUGUCCUCAGUGAAUGUUGUACUUUUAUCUGAUUCUGAAAAAGCAACAUAUAAGGGGCUACUACAGAACCUCUUCAGAGACACCAAGCCACUGAUUUUUCUAUUUUCUGAGGAUGAAUCGGGUGUCACAAGGUCUAAGAAUGGAAAAUACAGAAUUGGCCUUAAAGACAGAAAUCAGUCAGAUGUAACCAAGAAUCUCAGAACGACUAUCAAAGAGUGUCUUUUAAAGUCACCAUCAAUCUUCAGAAUUGAAGAUUUGAACAUAACUGAGGUGAUUAGAAAAGAUGAAGAUGACCCUGAAUGCAAGAGAGGGAAAGAAGCUGCAGAGAUAAUCAUGAGCCAGUUGGAGGGAAAUGAAUUGUCCAAAAUAAAGGUGAAGCAUCUGCCCUGUCAGGGGAAGUUAUGGCAUGACUGGUGUGAGAAGAACAAAGACCUGUGUCGACUUCAAGGUAACAACUUAGAAAUGCAAAAGAUUGAGAAACAAAAAAUAAUGAUGCGAAUCCGUGAAGAGCAGCAUAAAUACAGACUCUCUGGUCUUAUGGAACAAUUCAUUUCCUCACUGAAUUGUCUACAAGAAAAUGAAAAAUUAUUCUUUGUAAAGUGGGCUGGGAUUCUCCUGGACAAAAAAACCUCAGAUGAUCUUUCAGAUCUAUAUCACAAAUACAAUGAAAAGUGGACAUCAGUUUUAGAUCUUAAGAAGAAACAUGAUAAAUCAGAUAAAAUGAAGCAGGAGCAAAAAGAACUUGAGGAGCUUUCAGAAAAACUGAAUGCAGCAACCUUUGGUUUGGAACACAUCUUCAGAGAGAUGGGUCAGAUAUACGAGUCUUUUAUUUCUGUACAAACAUUCAAGAAAGGAUCUGAAGAAGAAAACAUGUCCUCUCUCCCCAAGCUUGUAGCAGAACUCAUGAAAUCUGGUCACCCACUGGAGCUGAUGGAUGGAGAUGCUGCUCAUGUUCCUCUGAUCUGGGUUUCAGCAGUUCUAGAUGAACUUGUGAAGAUACUGGGAGACCAGAGGGUGUUUGUGCUGUCAGUUUUGGGGAUUCAGAGCUCUGGAAAAUCCACCAUGCUGAAUGCCAUGUUUGGACUCCAGUUUGCUGUCAGUGCUGGAAGAUGCACCAGAGGAGCCUUCAUGCAGCUGGUCAGAGUGUCAGAGGAGAUGAAGAAUGAGCUGAAGUUUGACUACAUUCUUAUUGUAGAUACUGAAGGACUUCAAGCGCUUGAGCUCGCAGGAAAAUCCACUCAACAUCAUGACACUGAACUUGCCACAUUUGUUGUUGGUCUUGGAAACUUGACCUUGAUCAAUAUCUUUGGAGAGAACCCUGCUGAGAUGCAGGACAUCCUUCAGAUUGUUGUUCAGACCUUCCUGAGGAUGAAGAAGGUCAGACUGAAUCCCAGCUGUUUGUUUAUCCAUCAGAAUGUCAGUGACAUCACAGCUGGAGAGAAAAACAUGCAGGGAAGGAGACAUUUACAGGAAAAACUGGAUGAAAUGACAAAAUUAGCUGCAAAAGAAGAAGACCGUGAAGCUGAGUGUUUCAGUGAUGUUAUUAAAUUCAAUGUACAAGAUGAUGUGUAUUAUUUUGCACAGCUCUGGGAGGGCAGCCCACCAAUGGCACCACCAAAUUCAUGCUACAGCAGAAAUGUUCAGGAUCUAAAGAACACCAUUUUCGAAAAAGCAAGCAAUUGUACUGGUUUGACUCUCUCACAGUUUAAAUCACGCAUUAGUGAUCUUUGGGAUGCGUUACUCAACGAGAACUUUGUGUUCAGCUUCAAUAACACACUGGAGAUAGCAGUGUACAGAAAACUGGAGAAUCAGUUUGGAAAAUGGACCUGGACCCUCAGAAGUGCCAUGUUUAAUACUGAAGAAAAACUUCACAACAGAAUUGAAAACGAAAAACUGGAAAAAAUUGAAGAUAAAGAUGUUUAUUCUUCCACGAAAAAGACCAAAGAGGAAGUGGACAAUUCAGUGAAAAGUUACUUCGAAGAAGACAAAGACAUUUUAAUUCAGUGGAGAGUGAGAUAUGAAAAGAAAAUCACACAGCUUUAUGAAGACCUUGUCCAAGACACAAAACAAAAUGUGAAUGAAGUUAUACAACAGCUACAGGCACGGGAGACUUUUGAACAUGAAAGGACCCAGUACAAUGCAAAUCUGUUCAAUCUGAGCAAAGCCCUUGCUCUGAAACUCAAAACCACAACAACUAAUGAACAAGUUCUUAAAGAUGAAUUUGACAAAGUGUGGGAAAAAUACAUCACUGAACUGACACAAGACACACCUCCAGAGAGAACGUUUGAUUUUUGGGAGGAUGCUGUACAGAUUCUGUCUGUGGGAAUUGAACAAGCUUCUGUGCAUGAGCGGAAAUCUCAGCAAGACUACAGACAGAUACACAAACUGGGAGAUUAUUCACAUUACAUUUCAGAAGUCAAAAGACAAAAUGUUCUUCAUUGCAUUCCUGGCAUGAAUAAACCUUCUUCUGAAGACAGUGAUUUAGUAAGAACUCUGAUCAUAAAUGUGAUCAGAGAAACCGAGGGAUUAAUGAACAAGAUCUGCAACAAAAUCAGAAGACUCGGGUACAAAGACAGCUACAUACAGGAAAUAACAGACCAGGUCAGGAAGAGAGUUGAACAUCAUCACAGUGGAAACCAGAGAAUUAUUUUAAAAAAGGAAUUCAUUCUGGAUCUCUGUCUUCAUGUGUGUGAAAGUGUUCGUCACAAAUUUACUGAACAUCAUAAACAAUUCAGGGAUGCAAAUGAUCCAAGAGUUUAUCUGUCCAAGCAGAAACCACAAUAUUACAGUGUCUUUAAAAACUACUGCAGAGGAGCAACAACAACAAAAGUGUUCGUUGAACUGAUCUGCAGUAACCUGAGAGAAUCCAUCCUGCAAGCGGUUUACAAUAAAACUGCUAUUGAUUUGGCAGAUCAGAUGAGAUCAGACAUGCCAGAGUUUAACGGUAACAGAACAAACCUUGAGAAACACAUCCUGAAAUGUCUGGCAGAGGAGGAGAACUUUGAGAAGUACAAAGUGUACAUUUUUAAUCCCCAAAAUCACUUCCAACACUUCAUUACAGAGAAGGUUAAUAAGUACAUUACUGAAAAUAACACCACAGUUCUGAACCUUUUUAAAGGAAAUCUAAAAAACAACGAGCGGAGAGUAACGAAUGCUGUUCACAUUGCAACUGAAGAGGUGAAGAACAGCUGUGGUGAUGCAGACAUGUGGUUGAGAAGUUUUACCCGUUCACUAAAAGAUGAACUGAGCUUAAAAGAAAUAACCUUCACUGAUCACAAAGAAAUUACAGACUUUGAUUUUCUACAGCAGGUUAUCAGUGAAGGUCUCACUGAAAUUAAUUCAGAGCUCCACAAAAGCUUUAACAGUGUAAAAGACAUCGAAAUGGUGAAGUUCAGGAAGAAACCACAUGAGAUUCUGAUUGAACACCUCUGUCGAUGCUGCUGGGGUGAGUGUCCAUUCUGUAAAGCCAUCUGUACCCACACAUUGGAGGACCACGAUGGAGAUCACAGUGUCCCCUUCCACAGGAUAAUUGGUAUCAAUGGGUGGAAUUACAAAGCAACAACAAACCUCUCCACUGAUGUUUGCACAACACUUGUGCAAAGUAAUAAAUGUUUCCACCCCAGUCAUGAUACAGAUAAGGCAGUACCUUACAAAUCAUACAGAAGAGCAGGAGGAGUAUAUGAGACCUGGAGCAUCACCCCUGAUAAUUCACAGCUCGCAUACUGGAAAUGGUUUGUGUGCAGAUUCCAGAAAGACCUGGAGAAGCACUAUAAGAAAACAUUUCAGGGUUAUGGUGAGAUCCCCAGUGAAUGGAGAAAGUUCACUAAAGAACAAGCUAUUAAGAGUUUGGAUGAAUAUAUCUGAUCUGACACAACUCUGAUAAACAGAACCUGGCAGGAACAGCAACUUAAUCAUGAACCAGUCAU